AUGCUUGGCUCCUUGAAUCCAUCUCCUCAUGACCACCAAGAAGAAGAUCCCUCAGCCACAGAUCUACAAUACCGACAGAUUAUACAACCAUCACCUGCAAUCCAAAUGCGCCAGUUACUCAUCAGUUGUGCCGAGCUCAUCUCUCACUCAGACUUCUCUGCUGCUCAUCGCCUCAUCUCCAUUUUGUCCGCCCACUCUUCCCCUUACGGUGAUUCUACUGAAAGGUUGGUCCACCAAUUUGUUAGAGCACUCUCUCUUCGCCCUAAUCACAGCCAUGCCACCGCUAGUGCGUUUAUAUUGAAUACAAGUAAUGCUAGUACUAGUAUUACCACCACCGCCACAACAACAAAUAUGAGCAAUAUCACUCAGUUUGAUUCAUCCCUUCAGUCAUCUUAUCUAUCCCUAAACCAAAUAACACCAUUCAUAAGAUUCAGUCACCUCACAGCUAAUCAGGCCAUAUUAGAAGCCAUAGAAGUAGGGCAACAGGCUAUCCACAUCCUCGACUUUGACAUCAUGCAUGGUGUACAAUGGCCUCCUCUUAUGCAGGCUUUAGCCGAGCGUUCCAGCGACACUCUCCUCCCUCCUCCUAUGCUUCGAAUCACCGGAACCGGCCACGAUUUGAACAUCCUCCAGAGGACUGGUGACCGCCUUUUGAAGUUUGCACACUCUCUCGGUCUCAGAUUCCAGUUUCACCCUCUUCUCAUCCUCAAUGACGACCCUACUUCAGUUGCUCUCUAUCUUCCCUCAGCGCUCACUCUCCUUCCAGACGAGGCCUUGGCUGUCAACUGCGUUUUAUAUCUACAUAGACUUCUUAAGGAUGACUAUCGCGAUCUUCGCCUUUUCCUCCACAAAAUCAAGGCUUUAAACCCCAAAGUGGUGACCAUUGCAGAAAGAGAAGCCAACCACAACCACCCCCUUUUCCUGCAGAGAUUUGUGGAGGCCUUGGAUCACUACACAGCCAUCUUUGAUUCCCUGGAGGCGACCUUGCCCCCCAACAGCCGGGAGCGGCUGGCAGUUGAGCAGAUAUGGUUUGGAAGAGAAAUAGUGGACAUAGUGGCGGCAGAGGGAGAUAAUAGAAGAGAGCGGCAUGAGAGGUUUGAGUCAUGGGAGGUGAUACUUAGGAGCUCGGGUUUUGCCAAUGUCCCUUUAAGUCCCUUUGCCUUGUCUCAGGCAAAACUCCUUUUAAGACUUCAUUAUCCUUCAGAAGGUUAUCAACUUCAGAUUUUUAACAAUUCUUUCUUCCUAGGUUGGCAGAAUCGUUCCCUUUUCUCAAUAUCAUCCUGGCGCUAAUAUAAUUAAUCUAUAUAUAUGUUAUGAUUAUGACUAAACACCCACAAGAAGUAAUUGAGAUUAAAAUAAAGAUAGAGGGGAAUAUAUAGAUAUAUAUAUGUGUGUGUGUUUGAGGCCCUUUUUCAUCUGUAUUUACUUCAACUUUGUGCACAACCCAGAAACAUGAAAUCCCAUGUCAAGAUCCACACAAGUCCAAACCUCUUUCUCACUGAUGGCUCUGCUAUGCGAUGCAUGCUGGUGAAUCUCUGUACGUUGCAUGAAAUCUUUUUGGUAGAAAAUGAAAAAGGUAGCUUCAGAGGCAGCCAAGAUGGCUAGCUUCACCGUGCACCUUCAGUUGGUUCUUUCUCGGGGUGCUGAAACUACUGAAUGUUACUCUAAACUUUUAUAGUCGGGUACGUUGACAUUAUAUUUGUUUCCCCUUGUCUCCUUAAAUUUCUCUCUUUUAUA